CAGACGGCAGCUCAGGCUCAACCUCAGCAUCCUUUAAGGUGGUGGGCAACCGAGAAAUGACUGCGAAUUAAUUGUCAACAGCCCAGUAACCCGCCCGGGAGAAAUAUGGAUGUAUGGCCGCCGAAUUUGGAAUAGAGAUGUAGUUUCAAGGAUGUCACCCAUCUACAUCUCUCGUUUGUUCCUCUUUAUUUUUAUCUCCGCGGUCUGGGAGACGCGAGCCAAAUCUCUUCCAGAUCAAGGAGCACUUGAGGUCCAGAUCAGAGUUCAGGUGUUCGACAACAGUGACCUCUCACCUUUGGCCGGCGCCGCCAUAGAGGUUCAUGGGAACCGGUCUGUGUUAGCGUCCAGCCAGGCGGGCAGUGAUGGCGUGCUUAGGGUGACCUUCCUGUACCACCCGGGGACCUGGGUCAUCAUUUCAGCGUCCAAACACGACUAUGUCACCAACUCCGUCCCCUGGCACGCUAGCCGCAUCCCUCUGUAUGCAUCGGUCAGCUUGUACCUCCUAGUCCAGAGGCCAGGCACCCUCAUUCUCUAUGAUGAUGUCAUCCAGGUGCUGCAUGGAUCCCCAGGUGCACGGAACCAGCCAUUGGUCCAGCUCCAGAGAAAGUCCCUUCAGCUGCCAGCUGAUUCCAACUACACAGCACUAUCGGCUGUGCUGACUACUGCCAGAAGCCAGUAUGAGAUCGGGGGCUUCCCGUACCUCCUGGGCCUGGAAACCAACAGCACAGGGGCAGAGACAGGAUGGACAGACUUAACAGCACUGGCGGUGGUCAGCGUUCAGCUCUUUGACCACGAUGGGACCGUCAUCCAGGUGUCUGACCCGGUUCACGUCUCCGUACCGCUGCCCUCGGAUACUCGCACCAGGAUCGCCACCAGCAUUCCCGCCUGGCUGUACCAGCCCAAGACGGGUCUGUGGGUCAGGAAUGGAACUGGAUACAUUAAAAAAGAGGGCACACAACUAAUCUGGAACGUGGUCGUUCCUCAGUUGGGGUAUUGGGUCGCAGCCUUCCCUUCAUCUGCAGGCGUGGGUCUGGGCGGUCACUCAGGCCUGAGAGACAUCACCACCUACCACACCCUGUUCCUGCUCUCCAUCCUGGGUUCGCUGGCCCUGCUGGUGCUCAUCCUGCUCUGUGUGCUGCUCUACUACUGCAGACGGAAAUGUCUAAAACCACGGCGACAACAGGGAAAGCCACACACUGCUCUGAACAGCUCCAAGCGCGACCAGGGCACCUCCACUUCCCGCCUCAACCUCAUCUGUGGCGGCCAUGUUGAAUCCGGUCCAUCCAAUGAUGCCAGCAAAUCUGACCCAUCCCCCUCACGAGACUACCAGAGCUCGCGGGAGGAGUUCGCCAAGCAUGUCCCCGCCCACAAGCUGCGGCAUUCGAAGGCGAAAGGAGCCUCGGGACCUCAGAGGGGCGAGAGCUUCCCUAUGAAGGUGACCCGCGCCACAGACACCAACAAUCUCGACAACCCCCUGCUACUGCAAGAAGACUACUCACGGAACUACAGCCCCAUCAUGGAGGACGACAAGGACUCGGACUACCACAUACGCUGCCACACCGCCAACGACAAUCGCGGCUACACCUCAGACGGGGGCUCCCCACCUCGUUUCCUGUCGGACAAGUCAGACAAGCCUCCCGAGUACUCUGCGGCCGCCGCCGACCACCUGGCCCGCCCGACAUCGCUCAACACGCAACCGGGCCAGAUCAUCUUCUGCCACUCCAUGGACCAGAUGAAGGAAAACAUGUACCGAAGCAUGGUGCCCACCUUGGUCAUACCAGCCCAUUACAUGCGUAUGUCCUCAGACUUCUCCGGGAAGGAGCAGCAGCAGGAUAAGGAAGGGGGGAUGCAGAUGGGUGCCGGUCAGUCACACCAUCCCCAGCAACAGAGCCAGCACCAGCAGCACCAGCAGCAGGGCGGCUCCCAAGGGGAUGACUCGGAGGGUCAAAACUGGAACUCGGACCCAUCCCAAGGCCCUGUGCGGAUCCCUGUGCUCUUUAACGACUCCACCAUGGCACAGAUGAAUGGCGAGCUGCAGGGGCUGACUGAGAAGAAGCUCCUGGAGCUGGGCAUUAAGCAGCACCCACGCGCCUGGUUCAUCUCAAUGGACGGCCGCGCCAACCACGUCCGCCAUUCUUACAUCGACGUGAGCAACGACCUCAGCAGCGGCGGGAUUGGCGGGGGAGGCGGUGGCCCCAGCUGCAGCACAAUCCGAGAAGCCAACCUCGAAGGACCCAUGGACGGCACCCAAGACCGCAAGGCUGCGGCAAUCCGUAAGGGUAAGGACGAACGGUGGGGAACUGGUGGACGGAAGGGUGGUGGCAGUAAGGGCAUGUCCAAGCUGGCAUACCAGGAGCACAGCGAGCCCAGCAGCAGCGAGGGCCGCCCAGUGUCGCCCGAGGAGAAUUCCCUUACCCCGCUGCUGGACGAGGGGCCCUCGUCGCGGGGCUCCACCAUCCCCCGGAGAGGCCGCAGCCGCAUGAACAGCGCGCGCAGCAGCAACAGCGAGAACCGUCGCGACUCCAUGACUAGCCCAGAGGACGACCCGGACAGCAAGGAUGAGAACAAGAAGAGCCCGUGGCAGAAGAUCGAAGACCGGCCUCUCAUGGUGUUUCCCCCUAAAAAGUUGUAGGCUAACAUCUCAGGCUCCACUCAUAUGGAACAUAAGAGUUGGUCCAGUAGUCAGGGCAGUUAUACAGCCAUUUUGAGACACCUAGAGAAACAAUAAAAGGAAGGUGGAGGAGUAGCAUUUGACCGAAAGAAGAUCCUAGAAAAGCACAAGCCUGCUUGAUAAUCCGUCAAAUGGUACUAUUUUAAUGACAGCCUCUUUCUAUCGUUUUUGUGUUUCACAUUUAUUCGAUCACACCCCUAAUUCCCAUCAUUCUUCUCCAUGUCUUUACAAAUCCAUUUUUGAAAUCCCUCUCAGUAAAUUCAACUCUGAGCCACUGACUUUGGAAAUAACCAUCUUAACGAAGAAAACCCAAUGGCUAUAUUUGGAGAGAACUAACCUACAGUAUCUUGUUGCGACUGAAAUCAUUUGCCCAGUAUUGUGAAUGGACUUCCACAUGAGAAAGACAAGUUACUUCAAGGACAGGACUACCCUCUUCUCUCCUGGACUUGUGUACUACACAUUUAUGAAGGCCAGGAUCAAUUCCAUUUCAGAGCAGUCAAUUCAGGAAGCAAACCGAAAUGUGUAAUUUCCGUUUGCGCCAGGAAUUGGCUGAAUUAAAAUGGUACCAAAACUCUGAUAUAGGCCCACCUUGAGUUUUAGUGGUUGUAAUUCUGUCACUUUGGUCUGCCUGCUUCCUGGACCAUGAGGAGAUACUGUAUCUCUGUGAAGACAUUAGCACACAUUAUCCCAAAGCAUAAAUGUGUGGAGAUUAUGUGGCUUUUUUCUUUAUGGUUUUCUAUUUGGAGGAUUUUUAUGGAAUGAUAGUUAGUGUAAAAUAUCUGUUGAUCUCCAUUUGUCGUGUGUACAAUUAUGUACUUUUAAUGUGAAAUGUGCAUUACUCCAAUUCUUUAUGUGUUGUAAUGAUUUAUUAUAAUACUGUAAGCCACUUAUCUGAGGUGGGAUCUCCUACAAUUUUGCACAGAUUUUCCAUCCUGUUACAUGCCACCGGCCAUUUUAUAUUCCACGGGUUUUAUUUAGAAUUUUUUCUGUUUUUGUGUUUGGAAUACCACGGUUGCUAUGGGAGAUCAUGCUGUCUCAAUGCAUAUGAUGUAAGCAUUUGUAGGCCAAUUUCGAAACUGUAGAAUAACUGCAUUACCUAUAAUGCUCUACUCAACCAUCAAAAAACUUCUCCGUCCAUUGGACAACCCCUCUCUUAAAAUCACCACCGACCUCUGUGACAGUUUUCUGGCCUUCAGGCUAUCUACCAACAGCUGCAGUAGUCUCACCCUUCAUCUGCCCCCCCCCCCCCCCCCCACCCCCACCAGGACUACCUGACUCACAACCUGUGAACAGACGUAAUGUCCUCCCUUGUCAAUGAAACCACCAUUACUGAAUUAUUUUCUAAAUCCAAAAGCAAAGCUCUUUUGACCCAAUGCCCACUGUCUUAGUUAAGGCAUGCCUCCUUGUUCUCUGCCCCCUGGUGGUCAAGACUGUAAAUGCAUCCCUUACAUCUGGCAUUGUUCUUACUCCUUUGAAAACAGUGUCUAUAACUCCCAUACUAGAGAAACAGGGCCUGGACUCUGAGAUCCUCAUCAACUACGGGCCUAUUUCAAACCUACCCUUCCUCGCCAAGCUGCUUGAGUGGGUGGUAGCGACACAAAUCCAACAACACAUGGCCUCUCAUGAUCUUUUGUGUCCCACAAGUCUCAGUGUUAGGUCCAUUACUGUUUAGUAUUUACAUGCUACCCCUUGGUCAGAUCCUCCGUCAAUUUGGAUUUCACUGUUAUGCAGACGACACACAAAUCUACAUCCACACAAAAUCCAACUCCGCUAUGCCACCUUCCUCUGUGGUUGACUGUCUAAAAACUUGGAUGAGCAAUAACUUUUAAAAACGAAACGACAACAAAACAGAGAUCACGCUGAUGGGCCCCAACUCCGUCAUCAUGAAACUGGGUCAAUUCAACAUGACAAUCAGCGGCUGCACCAUCCUCUCCAACUCCACAGUCAGGAUACACAGUGUUACAUUUGAACCCCACAUCCCUAACAUCACCAAGUCAGCCUUUUUCCACCUCAAAAACAUCUCAUGACUUAGACCCUCUCACACUGACACCACAACCCUCAUCCAUGCCUUUGUUUUAUCAUGCUGGCCUACUGCAACGCCAUUCUCUACGGACUCCCCAACAAAACACUGGGCAAACUUCAAAAUUCAGCUGCACGGGUACUCCCACACACCAGAUCUUGGGACCACAUCAUCCCCCACCCUCAUCAACCUCCACUGGCUCCCAGUUCAAUACAGGAUCAUAUUGCUCAUGCUCACCUACAAAGCAUUCAAUGGACUGGCGCCAACAUACCUUACUGACGUCCUGCACCCCUACACUCCCACCUGUUCACAGCGCUCCUCUGACACUGGCCUCCUCACCAUCCCACGCACCAGGCCCCGCUCCAUGGGAGACUGGGUUUUUAGCUGUGCAGCUCCUCAAGUCUGGAUCUCCCUCCCUCUCCAUGUCAGAACCGGACAAUCCAUACACAUAUUAAAGUCCACACUAAAUAGACACCUCUUCACACAGGCUUACCCGGAUUAUCGGCUGCUUUAGCUUUUAUCCUCUGUCUAGUUCACUUCCCUGGUUAAUCUGUCAUCGUGUUUAGUGUUCUCCAUGGUUAGUCUGUCCUUACGUUUAGUGUACUUUUAUAUACUUAAUUAUUUUAUGAUGUGAUUUUAAUGCUUUUUAUCCUGCUGAUUCUCGUGUGUAUGUAAAGUGACUUUGGGUGUUGUGAAAAGUGCUUAAAAUAACAUUUAUUUUUGUUAUUAUUAUAAUGCCCAUUGACUGAACAUUCCAAAUUACUGUGGCAAUUAUGCAUCACAAUGCUACCAUGGCAAUUAUGCGUCACAAUAUGAACUAUAUUUAUAUUGUGUAGGCCAGUAACUUUUGCAACCAAAUCAUUGUAUUGUACCCCAAAAAAAUAGGAGAGGGGAAUUCCACUUUCACAUAUAUUUUCUAGUUUUUAUUUAGACAGAUUCAAUUGCAAGGGGGAUACAGAGGUAACGAGGGGAAAAGUUGGAAGGGUCAACUCGGGGAUUAAACCCGGGUCUCUGGCGGGGAGUCGCAUAUAAUAUGUCACACAAAGAGUGGAUUUUUUUCGUGAGCAAUUGGCAGUGAGCAAAAUAACCAUAACAUUUUAAAUAAACGGGAAGUUGCAAAUUAGCAGCAUGAAUUUCUGCUUUGUAGGUGGGGUUAUUGAGUGAACAAUUAUGUGAUGGUUGCAGUCCACAAAGAUAAAAUUGCAUUGAAUCAAAUGAAUCAGAUCUAUUGAUUUACCGCCUGUAGGGCGGCGGUGCCACUGGUGUAUUGUAUAUAGCUAUCAAAGAUGACGAUAACAAUUUGAAAUGUCGGUCAUGAUGCACAACCUUUCCUUUACUUCCAGGGUCUUCAUUCAUUUGUGAAGUAGUGAUACACUUUGCCCAAAUGUGAGACAUUUCUGCUUUUCUCCUGUGCCAUUUGGUUAUUUGCUUGCUGUAAAUAAUAUUUAGCUUUGAGAGUCUACCUUUUGGUUGAAGGUUGCAUGUAUGAAAUAAGCAGAAGGCACCAAAAAAAGGCCAUGCAAAUCUGUACCACUUUUCUCCUGUAAGUGCCUUUUACAUAGGGUUAAGUGACUGGCAUGGAGGGCCUUUUCAAAAUGCAGUCCAAGAAGGUUUUACAUCACCUUAGCUAAUCUUGUCAAAUGGACAGACACAAAAAUGGAAGCACACUGCAUUUAGUUAAGAACACACAUAUCUUCCUCGGGGGAGAGCAUGCAUGCCAAAAUUGAUCAAUGACUCAUUUUGUGUUCAAUAUGUCCUUGUGUUCAUAGUUUCUUGUGUCUAUCAUUUCUCAACAAACAUGGUAGACUAAGUGAUUGCUAUUUAUUGUACAAGUUUGAUAAGUGACAAAUUCAGAGAACUAUAUAAGAUUGUGUGUGUAUAUGUACUGUAUGUGCAUGUAAUAUGUAGAGUAGAGUGUUUUUAAUGGAAAGUCUUUUUUGAUAAUAUCCAGAAUGUUGCUGGCACACAUGAAGUAUAUCAAAUUCUGUUGCCAAAUGUACACACAUUUUAGAUGAAUUUCGCUCUACUCUUAAAAUUCACUUCCGGUCUUAAAUGUUUACAAGUACAACAUACUGGCCAAUAUGCUCUCACUGUAGAUUGCAUCACAAUUGCCUAUGACACUUAACAACUGUGAAUCAUAUUUCUUACAGAUGUAAAUGAAGAAAUGCAUAGCUACAGUACAACACAGUCACAAAGAGUUGGUGCAGUAGAUCUGUAAAUGGAUGUAAUACCAUUGAGAGAGAUUGUAAAAAUAGACAAGUUAUUAAAAAUGCAACAAUGCGAGGGUAAAACAUUAUUAUGUUGCAGUCCAUUUUUUUUCUCUCUGUUAUAAAUGGGGAGGACUUUGUUCCAUUUAUAUUGACAGUAGACUUUUAUGAAUUUCUUGUUUUUGCUAUUUUCAAAGUUGUUCAGAAUAAUGUUGACUUAAAUGUAUAGUAUGGCUACCCUGACUCUGGAUGAAAAAUUGUAUAGCCCUAUUCUAAUGGAUUCCCAGGUCUAUUCUUGCCAAAUUAUGUCAUUUUUUUUCGUACAAGCUGUCUAUAACCUUUUCCAAUGCAGUAAGACAAUGUGAUGUUGUGUUUGGUUGGUUACAAGAGGCAAAAUAUAUGUUCCGAAUCUCCCUACCUACUACUAGGCCGGAUAUGACAGCAUCUUGAUAUUAGUGCAAUUGUGGAUUUGUUGAUACCAGACCUUGAAUUUAGCAAAAUUACAAAAAUAGAUGCGUUCAAGUUUUUCCCAAAGUAUUUUAAAAAGUUUUGUGAUAUCACAAUAUUACAAAAACAAACAUACCUGUACACAAGUCUGAGUAAUGUCCUGCAAAUCUUACUUGUGGUUGUGAAUUCAAUAAAUGUAUGUUGGGGUCACCUAAUUUCCAUCCAAUACCCUGAUUGCACAAAAACACAUUAUUGUCACUAUUGUGUAUGAAGAGCAGCUGUAUAUUAAAAACAUCUUUGGGAGUGGAAGAGGACACAACACGUUGUAUAUUAUUCUGUGUGAGAAAAAAAAAGCAGUCAGUUUGUAAACUGUAAAUCGAUUCUGUACAUGAGAUAAGAUAGAAAUAAACUUGUUUGCACUGUCUAACAAUUA